UCCAUCCGUUAGCAACAUCCUGAAAUGCAAAGCGCAUGACUUCGAUGGAAGCGGGAAGUCUACUCAGGUGUCCAUUCCUUACUCGCAAUCUCUCUCCACCCACCGCAAAUUCUUCCUCACCGUUCCCUUCUCUUCCUCCUACUUUCUCGCUCCGCUUCCGGGUUUCAUCUUCGACUUCUUCUUCGUCCAAUUCUCCAAUCGCCAAUUCCAAUCCUAAUUACAGAGUUCCCAAGCCCAAACGAGACUGGGUCGCCGAUUGGGUCUCCCAGAACGACGAUACCGUUCGUACCUUGCCCAUCUACGUUGGUGCCGCCUCCCUCUUGGUCGUUUUCUUUAAUCGUGCCCUUUAUGGCAUCGCUCCUGUUGCUGAUGCUAGCAGUUCGCAAUCUAGAGCGGAUCUCUUGACUGUAGCAUUGGCUGUCACCAAUAUCUUAACUGGUCUGGUGUGGCUGUCUAUAAGACCCAAAUCUAUAACUACGGUAAAUCCGCAAGGAGUUGAAUGUAAGAGGGUGUGUACUCGUCUCCCUGAUUAUGCAGUUAGUGAGUUGCUCUGGGUGUGGGAAUCUCUGUCAGGUGUCACACGCUGCAGGUCACUUGUUAUUGUUUAUGAGAACAUUUGUGUGCUUCAAAUUGGUUGCGCAGCAGAAGCUUCUUCAAGGAAUGGGGAGGCCGUUAAUGUGGAUGCCAAUAAAUUGAUGCAAGGAACUCUAUAUCAGGGUGUUAUAAAAUCUGGAGCUCAGAGUUACUUGGCCAACCUAUCUCUUUAUCCUGGGAAAUCUGAGCUGCCAUUUUUGCCUUCAAACACUCAGGCAGUAAUUUUGCAACCACUUGGAGAUAAAGGAAUUGCAAUUAUUGGUGGUGACACAAUACGAGGUUUCACUACUUCUGACCAGGCUUGGAUUACUCUUAUUGGAGAAAAGCUGGAUUCUACCCUUGCAAAACAUCAGCCAUGGUGGUUCUCUGAUUCUCUCCCACUCCUCACUAAACCAGUACUUGCUCAUUAACUCAUGCGUGCCCACAAACUCAUGCCUGUAAACUCAUGCAAUAGCCAAUGAACACAAGUUGUUCGUUUUCAGCUUCCCGUAUUUGAAAAGCUUGACCAUGAACUUUGGUGAAGAGUCCUACCCAUGAGCAGUUACAGCAAGUGAACUUGACGAGGACUCUACUGUUGACCACAUCAUUGGUGUGGGCCUUGCACAUGUUGUUGGUGGGCUUGUCGAAGCGUGCCACGUAGAUGUCGCCAUCCACAAAAACCACAAGUUUUUUCCUCCAGCCAAGAAACCCCAUCUUCGCUAUUGUUGUAGCAGGAGCUACUGUUGCUACCUUUUCGAAUUCUUCUGGAAGCUCCUCAUCACCUUCAUUAUCAUCUCAACCUUUCUAUCCUCAUCUUUUGGUCUGUCGUCCAACAAUAUGCCUUCAAGUUUUACGUCUCUAACACCAAGCUUACCUAAUUAAACUACUCUAACUACACAAAGGUCAUCCAAGUUUUACAUCUUCAAGUUUUAAGUAAUAUCAGGCGAGCUCGUCAGAAAGGGGUGGCAUGGUCAGGGAGGUGUCAUUGGAUUCCUCUGCUUAGCUUCCUCUCACUCCCAGCAAUGGCACACUUAUAUCGAAGCUCCUUGUGGAAAAGAGCGCUCGCCCUUGAUAGGAGAAGGGAGAGCAUGAAAUCGGGGCUCUUUUGCUUCAAUUUUGUUGGAGCCAGUAGGAGGUUCUAAGGCCUUCAUGUUGCUUAGCUUGGUCUGGUUUGACGGCAUUGAUUCUUAAAUCAAAGAUAGAGAGGAAGAUGAAGAAGAGAGAGGAAGAGAGGAGAGAGGGAGGAGUAUGAAGAGAGG